AAUUUUUUUCAGUAAUUAUCUUUGAAUUUUUGGAAUUUUCUUCUGGAGUGGUCAAUUUCGGGAUUGACAUGUUUAGGCUGUGGAAAUGGUACCAGAAUUCUUUAUCUGUUCAUCCGAUUAAGACGCAGGUCAUCAGCUCCGGUUUGAUUUGGGGGUUUGGUGACGUAACUGCCCAGACCAUCACCCACUACACGGCCCAGGAAAGCGAGCAGAUUCAAGCUCAGGGUGAAGAUGAAAAGUUAAAGAUCAACUGGAGAAGAGUGGGUACAACCAGCUUGUUCGGAUUUGGGUUUGUUGGGCCUGUUGGCCACCUCUGGUAUGAAGGUUUAGAUCGAUAUAUAAGGUCAAGACUUCUGCUGCAACCAAAAUCAUUUCGGUUUGUUGCUUCUAAAGUGGCGAUUGAUGGAUUCCUUUUUGGGCCAUUGGAUUUACUUGUGUUUUUCACAUACAUGGGUUUUUCUGCCGGAAAAAGUUUUCCUCAAGUCAAGGAAGAUGUGAAAAGGGAUUUUCUACCAGCCUUUGUUCUAGAAGGAGGUGUAUGGCCGAUUGUGCAAGUAGUAAACUUUCGGUUUAUACCUGUGAGGUAUCAGCUCCUCUAUGUCAACUUCUUUUGCUUGUUGGAUAGCUCUUUUUUGUCAUGGCUCGAGCAACAACAGGAUGCUCCAUGGAAGCAAUGGUUGAAAUCAUUAGUGCAUGUUAGCAAGCAAAACGGUGAAGAAAGGUGAUUCGUGCUUGCCCUUGAACUAUACAGUGGAUUGUACGUCAGAAAAGUAUAACAGUUGAGUGAGAAAACUAAGAUACCAACUUAGUUUUUGGAAGUUGGGAAUUCGGAAGAGAUGGAUUUUCUUUCAUGGUUAUCCAGGUUUUACUUGCGGUACAAGUUUUCAUUUAUUGUAUUCUCAAGGAAUGAUUUAAUAAUGUUUCUAUCAAUUGUCUUUGCUACUGAUUGCAAGUUCUUGGUCUUCCAUCCAGUUGAGUAUUAUCAAUUUGGUUUUACCGUCUUACCCUCUGUAAAUAUUUACUCUCGGUAGUAAAAUACCGGAAAGGAAAUUUUCCGGAAUUGAGAUUUGAUA